UGGUCUGUGUGGGUUUGUGUGAGGCAGACAGACAGAGAGAGACGUUAGAGAAGGUAGUUGUGCCUGAGAGUUGUAGGUCAGUGUGCACCUUUGCAUUUGCUUGGCAUCAUUACCACCUGUCCUGCUGAAUGUCUAAGCUGGAGACAUCCAACAGUUCCCACUUUCUGGUCCUGGUGCAAGUCAAAGGGACAAGAGGGUUUUCUCUCCAGCCACAAUGAGUGAUGUUGUCAUUGUGAAGGAGGGAUGGUUACAUAAGAGAGGAGAAUACAUAAAAACAUGGAGACCAAGAUAUUUCUUACUCAAGAGUGAUGGAACAUUUAUUGGGUACAAAGAGCGGCCACAAGAUGUUGACCAGCUGGAAACUCCACUCAAUAACUUUUCAGUGGCCCAAUGUCAGUUGAUGAAGACAGAGCGACCGAAGGCAAACACUUUUAUUAUUCGGUGCCUGCAGUGGACUACUGUUAUUGAACGCACUUUUCAUGUUGAGACCCCAGAGGAAAGGGAGGAGUGGACAAAGGCCAUCCAGGCUGUGGCAGAUAGUCUACAGAAGCAGGAGGAAGAGAGAAUGGACUCUUCACCCGACCCUAUGGACAUGGAGAUGUACCUGUCCAAACCUCGACUCAAAGUGACAAUGCAUGACUUUGAAUACCUCAAACUCUUGGGGAAAGGCACUUUUGGAAAGGUCAUACUGGUGAAGGAGAAAGCCACCGGAAAAUACUAUGCCAUGAAAAUUCUUAAAAAGGAGGUUAUAGUAGCAAAAGAUGAGGUAGCACACACACUUACUGAAAACCGGGUCCUCCAGAACUCCAAACACCCUUUUUUAACAGGUCUGAAGUAUUCUUUCCAGACUCAUGACCGAUUAUGUUUUGUUAUGGAGUAUGCAAAUGGUGGAGAGCUUUUCUUUCAUUUAUCGCGAGAUCGUGUUUUUUCGGAAGAGAGAGCACAGUUUUAUGGAGCAGAGAUUGUCUCAGCCCUGGAUUACCUUCAUUCUGAGAGAAACGUUGUUUAUAGAGACUUAAAGUUGGAGAACUUGAUGCUGGAUAAAGAUGGCCACAUAAAGAUCACUGAUUUUGGCCUGUGCAAGGAGGGAAUUACAGAGGGAGCAACAAUGAAGACGUUCUGCGGUACACCAGAGUAUCUGGCUCCAGAGGUUCUUGAGGACAAUGAUUAUGGCCGGGCGGUGGACUGGUGGGGGUUGGGUGUAGUCAUGUACGAGAUGAUGUGCGGCCGGCUGCCCUUCUACAACCAGGAUCAUGAGAAACUCUUUGAAUUGAUCCUCAUGGAUGAGAUCCGUUUUCCUCGUACACUUGGACCUGAGGCAAAAUCUUUGCUGUCAGGACUGCUUCAGAAAGACCCAAAGCAGCGGUUAGGUGGAGGUCCAGAUGAUGCCAAAGAAAUCAUGCAGCACAAGUUCUUUGCAGGCAUUGAGUGGCAAGGUGUUUAUGAGAAGAAGCUUGUACCACCCUUUAAGCCCCAGGUAACCUCAGAAACAGACACUCGCUAUUUUGAUGUGGAGUUUACAGGGCAGACCAUCACCAUCACACCCCCAGGCCAAGAUGAAAACAUGGAGUCCUUCGACAGUGAUAGAAGACCCCACUUCCCUCAAUUCUCAUAUUCUGCCAGUGGCACAGCAUAAAAACUCUUUAAAAGAAUACUUGACCUAGAAGUUUUUGUGAUAAUUUACUUUCCCCCAUGUCAUUCCAAAUCAGUUUGACUUUGUUCCUUAUGUGAAACCUAAAUAGAUUUUUUUUUAUAUCCUGGCAAAACUUUAAUUUAGUCAUUUUCUAUUUCGAGCUUCACAUCAUGUCCACACUACUGCAUCAGCUUCAGAUUUUCUACACUGGAUGUAUCAAAGUGAACGUUUUAGAUCCAUUUGACCAGUUGGCAGAAGUAAUAGAAGUGCAUGGAGUACACCAAAGAUGGAACAGGGCAUCAGUUUCCUGUUGGAUAUUUGUUGUGUUGUGCUUUGUCCAGUGUAGACAGCAUCACUAGUUAUAAUAGGUUCUGUUUGCUUUUGUAGUAUCACAUUACAGCGCUUGUAUAGACAUAGUGCGACAGUCACCACAUUUGGAACAAUAUGAGGUUAAAUAAAGAAUGACAGAAUUUAGAUUUUGGGGUGAACUUUUCCUCAUUCCUAAUCUCCACACUUUCUACACAAAUACACUCCACUGACACAGUGCUAAUAACUUAUCCAUAGCUACUGCUGCACUAUACUUAUUUUGUAGUAACACCCUUCUACAAAAGAAUACUGGAUUCACAAUGUAAAGAUUUUAUCAGUGAUCAUUAUUCAGUCCAAUUCUUUAUUGCUAGGUUUUUGAAACAGGAUUGAGUCUCUUUUAGUCAUUUGUACAUUUUU